GAUAUUUUGGGAGGUGUUUGUUGUUAGCCACAGCCCAACGUGUUGUUUCGUACUAGCUUUCAAAUGAAACGGUAGAUUAGUACCAUUUGAAACAAACUUUGAAUGAAAGAAAACAACAACGAGUAUUGGGUUGUCAAUUCAUUAUGGAUUUGGCUACAUUUCAUCCCGUUUUCCUUUUCCUGUUUCAAGCGGUGGUAGCCAAUGUGGAGCCGCCGACCAACCUCACCUUGCACUGCCACAACAUGCACAACAUUCUGAAGUGGAGUUAUGACCAGCUCUUGCCAGGGCUUAGAUUCCGAGUCGAUAUUGGCGCAUUGUCAGGGUUUUGAUCCUAGUUUUGUUUGGGUGGUCCCCCCAGCGGAACUACAAGCCAACUUAUCAAAUCUCACCGAUCCGACUGAUGCCUACUUUGUCACCGUAACUGCCGUAAUGGGACAGAAUGAAUCUACUCCUACCCCUGGAAUCAUUUUCAGCUAUUUCAAGGACAAUCCAGAGGGUCAGAAAUGUUAUGUGGACUUCCCAUCAGUAAGCGUCACUGCCCAUCCGGAUUACACUGUCCUGCUCCGCUUCACGCAUCCCUGGCUGCUGUACCGGUUGCAGAUGAGAAAAUGGAACAAACCUAGGUUUAAGAAAAGCAGUGAGCCACAGCUACCUCCAUUUGAUUAUUAUGUCACGCUCACAAACCAGCAGCACUACAGGUGUGUGGAGAGGGUGUGUGAGGAGAAGCUUUCAGUGGAUGCUGCACAGAAGAAACACUGUCUGAAGAUGAACGGAGAGCUGGAGAAAAUGUUAGUUCAAGAGACAAAAGAGUACUGCUUCGAUGUGCCAACCGGAAAUUCCCCAAACAAUCUCGUCUCCGUCUAUGUCGUGGGCGGCCUGUUGGCUGCGAUUGCAGGUGCUCUUAUCAUCUCCAUGGUGUACCGGAAAAAGACCAGGCCUUUAACUUCUAUUCCAAACUCUAUGACCUUUAAGAGUAAAGUGAAGCAGUGGACCGUUAGACUGGUUCAGGAGACGGUCACUGUGCCAGAAGUGGAGGCUAUCUCACCGACACCUUUAAUGCUAACAGAAGAACAAGAAUUCGCGGCUACUGUUACUCCCUCUACUGAGUCCGAACUGCGUCUGCCCAUCGGCGUGACAACAGAGGAUGAAAGUGUGUCUGAUGACGUGGAGGUAGGAAUUGAUGAAGGACCUGGGUACAUGGCAGGCAGUAAAUUGGAUGAAGAUGAAGCCCCCUCUGGUUAUGAGAGUCGUCCGGUGUUGGUUGAGUUGGCACCAGGGGAACUGGCUGAGGGCUACCGGGUCUGAGGGUGGAACUUGUAACUGAACAGUUCCACAAAUUGAAUGUUCGACAUUAGGAAAAUAAAGGCACUCUCCUGGAAUCCUGCAACCGCUUGUCAUUAAAAUGGAAAACUAUGAAAAUCUAAAUCUAAACAGACUUGUGGGUUCAAAUUUCAGUUGGCUCGGGUUUGUGUUAUUUCCUUGUCUAACCAUCUCAAUGCCAAGUGAAGAGAAUCAGGAAUGUGCCUCUUGUUAUUGCACCUUGACGUCAGUUACAUUUUUUCUUUAUAUUUAGAUUCAUAUGUCAAGACUUUCGGGAAAAAUAUUCCUGCAAAGCAAUUGCAACUUCUGAUUAUGUAACAGUACAUUACAUUCUAAAGUGACUUAAAGUAGACGCAUUCCCCCUCAACAGGAACAAGAACUUUAAAUCACAUCAAUAAGUGGACAUGCUAAGUACCUGCAUGCAGUUAUUACUAACUGUUUAACUUCACUUGUUACCUGUUAGCUUUAUCAUGUACAGAAACCUACGCAAUAGCUCAGAGAGACUUAACUGUGUUCUAUAUCCUAUAAUGUAUAUUGUUAUACUAACAUCGCUGUUAAGUCAAAAUCUGUUAAUCAUAAAUUAACAUAAAUUGGCAACAGUUGCUUGCCUGCAGGCAUCACUAUAUUUCAGCUGUUGAACUGAAUGGUCAUAAUAUUGUAUUCACUGUGGAAUAAUUAAAUGUUUUGCUUAUUUGCACUUUUUUCUACUUGCUUGUAGCACCUCAAAGUCACCGUGAAAUAGAACUUAACUUUGGUAAUGGGACUUAAGUCUGUGUGAAAUUGAAUAUUUGGGCGUUAAGUUUAUCAAGUCCUUCAGAGUCGAUUGGAUCCCUUAAAAACCUGAGUGUGGCGUAGCGAAUACAGAACAACACAGAUCUGUAGAGAAAUGUUCGCCUCCUUCUUCCCCUCCCUGACUUGCCGGUAUGUCUGGAGGAGAAGAACAAUGGAGAAAUUAAUAAAUUAUUUAUUCACAAAAAGCCAAAAUCGCACGCUCCCAUAAAAAAUCACUCAGCUGUCUGCUACGGCCCACGAGCAAACGGCCGAGUGGUUUUAAAGGAUGGUUGGAAGGCUGGCUGUUGCCCUGAAGUACAUUUUGUUUUAAUAAAUGUAUUUAUCCACCCAUGAGUUCAAGCUGAGUUGUCAAAAAUUGUUUUAUAACAUUUACUUGGUAGAUAAGAAAUAAUUGAACAGUUAAUGCAAGGAGACACAGGCCUAGAAAAUGUAUUGGGACUUAAAUGCACUUAUGCAGUUUGACAACUGCAAUUAAUACAUUUUCUCAAGAAAUAAGUGCUCAUCUUGCAUGGGAGGAUAAAGUGAAGGGAUGUAACGUUUGUAUUGUGCAUUAUCUCCACACUUAAGUACUUUAUUUUUUUUUGUCACUUUUUGUUGUUUAUUAAACUUCUUUUUUUUCAAAUGCUGAGCCAUUGAGGAAUCUCAGAAGGUCCAUAUGGUUAUACUCGGCGCUAAACAGUGUCUGGUUGAAGUGAACCAACAACACAUUUUUUUAAGUGAUGCUGACAAUGACAUUUUUUAAUUUUAUGGUGCUUUUUAUCUGUGCAAACCUUUCUAGUCCCCCAGUUUCAAAUAAGAAAGGACCGCUUUAAUUACCAGCCGGUAGGAUUGUUUGGAUGUUAUGAUGUUUGGAUGUGUUGUUAGUUCCAGUUUGGAUUUUGGAUGAGCGGACGGCCAAUUAAACUUGAUUCUCAAAUUUCAAUGAAAUGUUAAUUUACUGCCUCGUUUUGUAUCUGGUUGUCUCUCUGCUUUUGUAAUAUUGAUUCCUUUUCGGUCUUCACACUACUGUCUUUGUUUGUUUUAUUAUCUGUCCUGUUGUUUAUCAUUAAAUCAUUU